UGGCCCUCUCCUCGCCUCUCCCCUCCCAAACGUCGGUCUUCGCCCCCACCCUGCGCGCCCAUAAGUUUUGCAGCCUCCGAGACAUGGUUUCUCCCGCGGCCGCGUCUCUUCUCCCUUGCGCCCUGCUUCUCCUUCUGCGCUCCGGUUUGGGGGUCUCUACCCCGCCCAGUGAGGAGGGGGAGGAUGUUGAGAGGACGGGGAGCCCUGCCGGACCGCGGGAGGAGUUUCCAACCGUGGUGUUCGCUAUUCUGGCUCGCAACUCCCAGCACUCUCUGCCCCAUUACCUGGGGGCCCUGGAGCGCAUGGAUUACCCCAAAGAGCGCAUCUCCAUCUGGUGCGCCACUGACCACAAUGUGGACAACACAACAGAAAUACUGCAUGAGUGGCUGACUGCAGUGGAAGGCCACUACUGGCACAUUGAGUGGAGAUCCGUAGAUGAGCCCAGCUCUUAUCCUGACGAACACGGGCCCAAACACUGGAGCGACGCACGCUUUGAGCACGUAAUGAGGCUCAAACAGGAAGCUCUGAGCUUUGCCCGAUCUGAGCGGGCCGAUUACAUUUUGUUCACAGACACAGACAGCAUCUUGACAAAUGACCAGACUCUGAAGUUCCUCAUUGCACAAAACAAAUCUGUUGCUGCUCCCAUGCUGGACUCUCAGACCUAUUACUCCAACUUCUGGUGUGGGAUUACUCCUCAGGGUUACUACCGUAGGACACCAGACUACUUCCCCACCAAGAACAGGCAGCGGGUCGGGUGCUUUGCUGUCUCCAUGGUCUACGCCGCCUUCUUGAUUGAUCUGCGGAAGGACGACACUGCUGACCUGGCCUUUCACCCGCCCCACCCCAGCUAUACCUGGCCAUUUGAUGACAUCAUUGUUUUUGCGUACUCCUGCCAAACUGCAGGAGCCCAGAUGUACUUAUGUAACCAGCAGCGGUUUGGAUAUGUCAAUGUCCCUGUGAAAUCUCACCAGACGCUGGAGGAUGAAAGCAUCAACUUUGUGCACCUGAUUCUGGAGGCAAUGGUGGAUGGUACCCCAAUGUUCCCCUCCAGCCAUGUCUACCUCCCACCGAAGCAUCCAACCAAAAUUGGGUUUGACGAGGUUUUCCUCAUCAACUUGGCAAGGCGCCCAGACCGUCGGCAGCGCAUGCUUAGUUCCCUCUUUGAGUUGGAGAUAGAGCCCUUGGUGAUUAACGCUGUCGAUGGAAGUGCCCUAAACAGCAGUGACAUCAAGAAACUGGGUGUGGACCUGCUUCCAGGUUAUUUUGACCCCUUUUCAGGCAGGACACUCACCAAAGGGGAGGUGGGCUGCUUCCUGAGCCACCAUCAUGUGUGGAAUGAGAUUGUUGAACGGGGUCUGGAGAAGUCUGUGGUGCUGGAAGAUGAUGUGCGGUUUGAGGCAUAUUUCAAGAAGCGGAUUUUGCGGCUGAUGGAUGAACUGGAGCAAGCACAGCUGGAUUGGGACCUGAUUUACCUGGGCCGGAAGCAAGUGAACGCUGAGGAUGAGGAGCUGGUGGAGGAUGUACGAAAUCUUGUGGUGCCUGGAUAUUCCUACUGGACUUUAGCUUACAUCAUCUCACGGCGAGGGGCGCAGAAACUGAUUGAUGCACAGCCGCUCUCCAAAAUCCUCCCUGUGGAUGAAUUCCUGCCCAUCAUGUAUGACAAGCACCCCAAUGAGGAAUACAAAAAGCAUUUCAGCAACCGGGACCUGCGAGCUUUCUCUGUGCGCCCCCACCUCGCCUACCCAACCCACUACACCGGCGAUGCCGAGUGGAUGAGCGACACGGAGACCUCCACCAUCUGGGACGAUGACUCACGCAAGACGGGCUGGAGCGGCUCGCAAAAGACACUGAAAGACACCCAUGGCAGCGUAGGCACUUCAGGCCACUCCUUCCGCCCGGCCUCUCGGGAUGAGCUAUAACAUCUGGCUGGUGUACCUGCUGCAGCCCAUGAGCGAGAAGACUAUGAGAGAUCAAGGAUUGGUUCCCCCACUCGCCACCUUGUAUUAGGACACUGUGUUUGCUUGAGCUGUCUUGAACAGGGAAACGAAUGCACUAUGUGCAAAACUUGCAUCAAAGACCAGUUUGUUUUCUGCCAAUGUCUCUGGAAUUUCCCUUUUUGGAUGACGGUGGAGUUUUGGGGUGCUGCAAUAUUUGUGCUCUCCUAGCAGCAAAAGCUCCCUUCACUUAUACAAUGGUUUGGAGCUGAUAUUGGCACCAGCUGGAUGCCUUCGGCUGUUUUCCUUUCUCCACAACACACGCACACGGCAGUUGCAAGAGACCUAAUUUCUGUAGCCUGCUGAGAUGUAGAUUGGUUUGUGCAGAUGUUUGCUGUCAGAACAGGCCAUUCCAACUUUUUUUAUAUAAAAAAGACUGUCCAAUUUGGAUAAAUAAUCUGCACAGCGAUUGGAGUUUUCUGCACUGCCUGGCAUUUCCAUGGACAUGGCUGGUAUAGAGAGACAGUGUCUUCAUUGAACACCAAAGGAGGGGAGAACCUCUGGCCCUCAAGAUCUUUCUAUCAGGCCCUUGACAUCCUCCUGAAGCCACACACCCCUUGAGUCCCUUCCCUGGGUGAAAUGUGUUGUUCAGCAGGGAUAUAGUGGCUCUGCUUACCAGGGUGGAGCAAGAGGUGUGGAUGUGUAUAUGGGAAAACCUCUCAAGAUUUGCAUGGUUGGAAUCUGGCUUAUGGUACAAAUGGCAGAAGUUAUACCUGAUGCUUCACUCACUCUUGCCUCUGGCCCCCCCAGAAGGCUGCUAGUAAGUGAAUGUUUCCCCUAAGCCAGCUAGGAGAAAAAGACUGCCUCUUUGACUUAAAACAACAACAAUUUUCACAGUGUAGCAAAGUAGAAAACACCCAUACAAUCAAGAAGAAAGGACACUUCUCUCAGAAGAGUAAGAUAACAAAGGCUAAACAAAUGUACCUCACUAUACAUAGCUCGCCAUGUCUUGCUGGAGGAUGCAUAACUGAAAACAUUUAAGAUAACUAGGGUUUCUUUAGUUGUACAUUCUUGGAUUGCAUGGGGUUAGACUAGAUGACCCUUGGGGGUACUUUCCAGCUUUAUGGCGCUGUGGUUCCAUAUUUCUUUGAAGUUGUUUUCAAUUUGUGGCCCAUUUAGUGCUCUUAAUUGUUGGGUUUGCUUUUCCAUAAGAGCUGCUGUGCAAACCUCCUGCUUCCUCACAGCCGACUGUAAAUUAUCCGAAGUUCUCCAGUUUUGAGUAAUCUGUUGUUCAGCUGCCACCAGCAGGGAUGGGGUUAGUUAGGUCCUCCACGUUGGCUGAAAGACUGUGUGCUGCCUGUUGACUCUGGAGUUCUUCAGUUCCAGUUCUCUCUCCACUGUCAGCUUCCUCUGACACACCAUUUCCUCAACUCUUUGUUGCAAAAAAGCAAAACUAGUAAAUCAAACUGAAGAUUAAAUUUGAUCUCUUAUUUAAAUGUACAGAGCCAUAUCUUCACUGUAUUCUUGUUCCCCUCUCCAAAGCUAUGGGGUGAUAUCCAUUGGCCAUAACCAGGGUAGACCCAUUGACUUCAGGAAUUUCAUUUAUUUCAUUGGGUGUCCUCUCAAUAUGACUUGGCUGGAUAUCACCCAGCAUUGCCAACUUUUUCUGCCAAUGUUCUUCUGCCCUUUAAAGCCCCUGUACAACAAACAGAGGGACGCAGGUGGUGCUGUGAGUUAAACCACAGAGGCUAGGACUUGCUGAUCAGAAGGUCUGCGGUUUGAAUCCCCGCGACGGGGUGAGCUCCCGUUGCUCGGUCCCUGCUCCUGCCUACCUAGCAGUUCGAAAGCACGUCUAAGUGCAAGUAGAUAAAUAGGUACCGCUCCAGCGGGAAGGUAAACGGCGUUUCCGUGUGCUGCUCUGGUUCGCCAGAAGUGGCUUAGUCAUGCUGGUCACAUGACCCGGAAGCUGUAUGCCGGCUCCCUCGGCCAAUAAAGCAAGAUGAGCGCCGCAACCCUAGAGUCGGCCACGACUGGACCUAAUGGUCAGGGGUCCCUUUACCUUUACAACAAACAGAAGUCUGGCCUAUGAUGUUUUCUCCACCAGCAUGUCUCCAUGCUGGGCAGGGCAGGGGACUUCACCAGCUAAAUAUAAGUUUGUACAGGUGUUAACAGCACAAGGCCCUGUGCGGGAGGGAAAUCUGGCAACCUUGAAUGUUUAGGGUACAUGCUAACCCGGAGCAUUUGUACUUCAACCAUUGUGGGUUCUAAUGGUCAGGAAUCUAGCAUGUAAAACUGAUGUUGUGAUGAGAAAAUUGUAGCUGUGUUAUGGGGCGGGGGAGGAAUUACAAUAAAUGCAUAAAGAAAUUUGCAUUCUUAUUUUGCCUUGGUUAUUUUAGUUAUUUUUAAAUAUUGAUGAAAUUCCACAUGAGUUGAAGGAGCAAUAGACAGAGGCCUCUGCUCAAUGCUCAAAUCCUGCGUCAGUGCUUUUAGGUCAGAUUAAUAGAAGCUGCUUUUAUACCUGGCCAGAAAAGUGAUAAAUUUUGCGUUCUAUAGGUCUUGUGACAAAACCAUAAGCACAGACAAUAUCAAAAUAAAAAAACAAAGCCUCUACUUGAACAAAUGGGACCAUGUAAUGCAAGCGGGACUAUAAAUGAGAAACCUCCAUGACUACAUGCAGUAUAUUUAAAUUUACUGCUGUUUUGUCUAGUUAUUUCUUCCUAAUCUUCCUUGCCACCAGAGCAAAAAGUGCCGCUUUGUGAGUCACAACGGUGUUAAGAGUCACUCAGCCACCGCAGAACCCUCUUCUAAGGGGAGGCUGCUUUCUUGAACAAACGGGAUUUAGAAAGCAUCUCCUAGGUUCUGUUUAUAAUGGACAAUAUAACAAAUAAUGAAGGCUAUAUUCUACCUGUGGCUGCCCGCGUGGCUAGAAACUUGCACAGCCUUAAAAUGAAAGUACCAGGUGGUGGGUGGCAGCAGCACAGGGUAGACAGGGGGCCCCCAUUUUAACAUCCUAGAAUGUCCUAGAGCAACACUGAAUGAGCCCAGCCAUGCCCAGAGAUACUGCAAGGGUGAACCUGGGGCCUUGACGCAUGCAGCUGGGCCUCCUUCUUCUUAUAACAAAGGCAGCAUUUUUUCAUCUCCGCCAAGCUAAGCAGUUGGCUCCUUACCUUUCUCGCCCUGAUCUGGCCACAGUGAUCCAUGAAACGGUCACCUCCAGGCUUUAUUAUUGUAACUCUCUCUACUUGGGGCUGCCCUUGAGACUGACCCAGAAACUCCAGCGGGUGCAGAAUGCCGUGGCAAGGCUCCUUAUGGGGUCCUUGCUACGGGAUCACAUUCAUCCAGUGCUUUACCAGCUGCACUGGCUCCCAGUGAAGUACAAGGUCAGGUUUAAGGUGCUGGUUUUGACCCUUAAAGCCCUAUACGGCCUAGGACCCUCAAACCUAUGGGACCUUAAGGUCGACAAAUAACAACACUUUGGAGGUCCUGAGCCUCAAGGAAGUUAGAUUGGUUUCGACUAGGGCCAGGGCCUUUUCAGCACUGGCCCCGAUCUGGUGGAACACUCUGUCACAAGAGACUAGGGCCCUGCGGGACUUGACAUCUUUCCGCAGGGCCUGCAAGACAGAGCUGUUCCACCAGGCCUUUGGCCAGGGCACAGCCUGACCCCCUCCUUCAGUAAUCCUCACAGAACUCUAGCCCAAUGGUUGCCAUUAAUUUGAUUUUGAAUUGAUUUUAGAAUGAAUUGAUUUUAGAAUGCUAUGUUACUUUUAUUGUUGUUAGCCGCUCUGAGCCUGGCUUCAGCUGGGGGGGGCGGGAUAGAAAUAAAUUAUUA